AUGGCGGCCAAUACCCAGGCAUUGGUGAUCUUCAACGCACUAGAAGAGACUCUGAGUCUUCAGGAGGCCAAGAUAGCCCAGCUCCAGCAGACCAUCACGACGGGCACCGGCGAGUUGCAGGUGCUGCGAAACCAGCUGAACUCUGUUCAGGGACGUAUCGAAGCCUUCGAGCAGAACAUUGGUACCCUCACCCAGGCCUUCAACCAGGGUAUCCAGGGCAUGAGCAACAAUCCAUACAAGGAAUCCUCGUCCCUGGUGUCUGACCCGGCGUUAUUUGAUAGAGAAGAGAAGGACGACAAGAAGCGCCAUCGCCAGUUCAGGGCUUGGUUGAGCAGCGCGCGCAUGAAGAUCAACGUUGAGAAGAGGAAGUACAGUACCGAAUACAACAAGAUCUUGUACGCAGUCUCUCGCCUGGACGGCACCGCGAGGGAUGCAGACACCUUCUUCGAUUGGCUGGAGCGAUCAUACGAUUCGCACAACAGGUCGGGUGACGCCAGCAGGGAGAUGGAUGACUUGAAGCAGAAGAACACCCCGUUCAACCUCUUCCUUUCUGAGUUCCUGGCCCUCGCCGGUGACCUGGGGCUGGACGACAAGGCGAAGGUCGAGAAGCUGAAGAAGAAGGUGAACAACGAGCCACAGUCAGCAGUAAUCAGCGUGUUACCCAAGCCUCAGAACGAAGACUUCGGCGGAUGGGUAGACUGCUACCGAUCACUGACCAAAAACAUCGUCAACUACGCGCACCAUACAGGCAAUAAGAACCCCUUCUCGAACAACCCGUCCAGCAAUAGCAACAACAAUAAGAACAACAACAAGUCCAACAACAGGAACAACCAGACCCCUCAGCAUCCACCGCGGGCACAAGCCCCGGCGCCAGCGGCAGGUGACCCGAUGGACCUCGAUUCUAUCAGGCUGCGACGCCUGUCAACCACAGAGAGGCAGAAGCGGAUCGAGAAAGGUCUGUGCCUGUACUGUGGAGGAGAGGGACACAUGAAGCGAGACUGCCCUGAGGCUCCUCAACUUCUGCAAUCGGUAACUCCCGCGAGAAACAACGGGCUCAAUAUGGGCAGACCUGGGUCAGCGCCGCCUGGCAGGAAUUUACAGGGAAGCGGCAACAAGACCAACCCCUUCAGGCAGGGCCAUGCGUCGGACCUUCGAAUCAGGGCUAUCGGUUGGAAAGGUAAUGCGGAUGACUGGCCAGGAAGCACCACGAGCACCCCCGGAUACGGCAACGGGUUUGGUCAAGGAUACGGCUAA